UCAGUAUCUAUACCUCAGCUUGAUUUACUUUGUUCAACGCACGAAGAUUUCUGUAUAUGCUCGCGUACGCGUAUAAACUUGAAUCCGUUGGUCUUUCGGGCGCAAUAAGCGACUUUCAAAAGCUUCGAACUUUCACAUCAACAUAAAUGUUUCGUCGAAAUCACUAGACAAUUUGCGAUGUGUUUAAAAAUACGUCGUCCUGGAAGUCAGACAAGACCAGAUUCGACGGAAAACGAUGAUGCAUUCGAUGGUGAUACAGUAUUACGCAGUACUAAAUUUCCCAUCGUUUAUCGAGCUGAAUACGGUGUCACAUUUUGUGGCCUUCAGAGGCUGCACCCUUUCGAUGCUGCUAAAGGAGAGCACAUCUACAAGAUGUUAAAAGCUGAAAAUCUUAUUACAAAUGAUAAUGAAGUGUACAGACCUGAAGAAAUUACCACGGAGAAGCUGUUGGAUGUUCAUACCAAACGCUAUAUUAAAAGCUUGAAAUGGAGUGUUAACGUAGCCAAGAUAGCUGAAAUCCCACCUCUUAUUUUCGUGCCAAACUAUUUUGUCCAACGUAGCUACUUACGGCCCAUGCGCUAUCAAACUGCCGGAUCUAUAUUAGCUGCAAAAUGUGCGCUCGCUUAUCCGGCUGGUACCGGUUGGGCAAUAAAUCUUGGGGGAGGAUUUCAUCAUUGCAGCUCCGAUCGGGGAGGAGGGUUUUGCCCAUACGCAGACAUUACAAUGACUGUAAGAAUGCUACAGUCUAGCGGAAAAGGAGUUGAAAAAAUUAUGAUAUUAGACCUAGAUGCUCACCAGGGCAAUGGUUAUGCCCGAGAUUUAAUAGGAGAUGAUAGCUUGUUCAUAAUCGACAUGUACAACUAUUUGAUCUAUCCGAGAGAUCAAGAUGCUAAACUCGCUAUCAAUCGAGCAGUGGAAUUGAAACCCCACACAGGCGAUAAAGAGUAUUUACAUAAAUUGCAGAAACACUUAGGCGAUUCGUUAGCAGAGUUUGAGCCAAAUUUUCUUGUGUACAAUGCCGGAACAGACAUUCUCAAAGGAGACCCAUUGGGUAUACUAGACAUCACUCCGACGGGUGUUAUUGAGCGUGAUGAGAUUGUGUUUCGAAUGGCUCGCGCUAAGAAUAUAUCGAUAGUAAUGCUACUCAGUGGGGGCUACCUGAGAAGCUCAGCACGAGUUAUUGCCGAUUCAAUAAUCAAUUUAAACGAAAAAGGGUUUUUGCCGAAACCACAUCAGCAAUAACGAAAAUUGUUGAGCAAUGAAACUACGUUGAAACGAUAUGUGAUGCAAACUAGAAAAAAAGAAACACUGUAUUUUCAAAAUUAAUGUAUUUAUUGACUUGCAAAAGUG